GUUGUUAUAAGAAUGUUGUGUCAUUUAUACACGUGUUUUUAGCACAAAACAUCUAGUUUGAAAAGUUGAUUUGAAAUUAGUUUUCUUAUAUAUUUACAGCGUUUAUUUACUUUAUAUAUUUACUGUGUACCUGGCAACUGAAACCAGAAAAUCAACCUGAAUCAAUCGAUUAGUAAAAACCGUUUGCGUGUUUUUUAGUUACCUUUUUUAGUUUGGUAUUUUUUUAGUUUUUUUAGUUAAUAUAUUCAGUAGGAUUUGCUAUAAAAUAUGGAGUGCCGGAGAACUCACUUGAGAGUCAGGAGAUGCAGAUUCUAAGCAGGACCUCCGUAUUCCAUUAUUACCAAGCAAGUACACGUGCAUCAAUAACUCAGGCGUGAUAGUGAUGACAACUGAUCGUGUCUUGAUGAGUGAAAGCAGUUCUGUUAAAAUGGUUCUGGAGAUUGACAUUGAUUUGAGUGAAUACGGCGAAGCAAAUGUCAAGUCAACAGACAAACAAGAACUGAUCAGACAGUUGGACAAACACAAUGGCGAAAUCGGACACAGUUCGAUUUUUGACAACAUUUUCCCAAAAUUACUUCCAGUGUAUACAACUGACGUCCACUACCGAAACAGUUUCAUCCAUCCGACACUCAGAAAUUUCUGUCUGAGUUCACAGAAAAAACCGCCCCAAACAUAUUCCACAGCUCCAGAGGAACGAUGGGCCAUAUUCCCGAAUUGGGAUGUUUGCUCUAUCUUCAAACUCUUCGAUCCAGCAGAUAUUACCGAAGGACUUCAAUCAGGCAUUACUCGAUCCAGUUAUCAGCUUCUGGUAGACGUGCAGAGACUUCAAGCGUUUCUGAUAUUAAUAGUUAGAAAGUCAGACAAUGCAAAUAAUUUUUCACACUUUAUCGAACUUCACAGACUACUUGGGCAAGUGACACCGUUCAACAUAGUUACACCAGUAGUAUUAUUGGCACAAGGAGUAAGCAAAGACAUUCAAACCCUGCCUCGUGAAGAAGACAUCGUCAACCUUCAAAUAGUAUCUGAGAAGGAUGAUUUAACUAGUUUGGUGCCAAAGCCACACCACGAGGCACAUGGUGAUGAUGGAUUCAAGUAUCUUGUCGCCUUGCUGGUUUUCUUGGCACCAAGAUUCAACAGCUUAACGUUGUGCACGAGAGAGUUAAAGCCUCCUAAUCCAGCAGAUUGCGACAGAUCAUUCAAGUUAAAUGACAUUGAACAAGUUUCCCGUCUCGUGGACUACUAUUUUCAAAAUCUGAACGGACCGGUUCAGUCAGUACCAAGAAUCGACGAUAUCCCAGGAGGUGUAUUGUACGGCCACUGUGAUGAAGAAGGAAACCCGUGUAUCCCACGUGGUGAUACUUACAAAGAGUCGGCUUAUAAAGGCGAAUUUCUCGAAUUUUGGGAUGAGUGUGUUGCAAACAUUGAUGAAGCAGUGGGAUUGUUUCUACACAGUUUUAAUGGCUCAAACUCGAUCAGAGUGUUUUCAAACGCAUCUGACACUGACAACUUUGAGAUAGAUUGGCUCUACGUCAACAACCACCAACUUGUGGCGAUAGAAGUUGGUCGCUCUUGUGGCGGGAUACCUGCAAAAAUCAUCAAAGAGAAAAUUGAACAGAUGCUUACAAGGACUGUUCCGAGAAUUCAACACAUGCUGAUGAGUAUCAUCAAGACAUACACAACUCACCAGGAACCAACCGAGGAACAAAAUAAUACUGUCAGAGCUUAUCUCGGUGAGAACGUUUUGUUCAUUAUUGCACUCACUAAUGUUCAAUUGGAAGACAUUCGUAAGCAUAUCAGCGGCCGAAUCAGUGAUAAUAACAGAAAACGAGCGGCUGGCAAAAAAGUUGUCGAUGACAUUGAUUGUUCAUCCAGUGACAUUCUUAAUCAAGUUUGGUUCAUUACGAAGGAAACGGUAGAAUCAUCCCCAGAGAAGAAAAUGAUUUAUCAGUUCAGCGGGCUGAUGGGACAAUCAUCAUGUUGCAAACAAACUUUGUGGACAGGUAUCUUGGCAUUUAAGAAAAAUCAAGCGGAAUGUCAGAAAAAAACGUUACAUCAUUACAUAGCUGGUAUAAUUUAUCUAUCGUACAGUUUUCAACAACCUUUGAGCGUCCGUGACCGUCUUCAACAGCAGCAAAAUGAUUAUAUCGAAUCUCGAUAUGGAAACAAAUCCGAAGCUCCAGAUGUCAAAUAUGAUGACAGAAAGGUGUUCCAGUUCCAGAUAUCUGACAUUGUUCUAAGUCCACAGCAGCUCUCAAUUCUGAGAAGUGGCAUUCGCCAACUUGUUAUUUACGGAGAGGCUGGAUCCGGAAAGUCAUCAUUGCUACUCGCGCUUGCUGUAGAAAAAUGCGGGAAGCAAAAAGUUUCAUCAGCAGAACACGUGUAUUACUUCUUGCCUGACCGGAAAAAAUUUUUCCGUGAAGAUUUAGAAACGUUUAGGCAGAAAUAUUGUCAAGAAAGAUAUUUCCAUGUCACUUGUCUCAGCAAGUUCAAAGAGAUCAUCAAUAACACCUCGUGCAAAGCCACGUUCCUGGUUGACGAAGUAUACCAUACUGACAUAGAUGAAAUGGUAGCGUUCGAAAAUCGAGGCAGGCUUCCAACCGUGGCUGGGUGUGUAGUAUGGGUAGCGUGUGUUAUUGGUGGUCAAAAGAAUGCCCCUGUAUUCUACCAGUACCCGGGCAGAUUCAAAACGCGUUUUCUUACGGUACUAUACAGAAGUUCCGCGCAUAUAUCUGGACUAUCUACGUACAUUCUGAAUAAAUGGAUAUUACCAGAACUCGAUGCUUGGUCUGCUGUUCUUUUCAAAUGCUUCUCAUCGGGGAACAAAAAAUCUUUCCAGUUGAUACGAAUUUCGCCCUCAGACCAAGAUCAGCAACAUGUCAUACGUGAAAUGAACUCAAAUUCAGUUGUAUUCUCAGUUUAUACAACACUCAGUCACAACACGAUACAACAUAAAGCGAAGCUAAUUAAUGUUAACAUGGAAAGUGUGUCUAAAAUAGACGAUUUGGAGUUCACUGGGACAGAAUGGGAUCACGUUUGCAUUUUUAUCGGGAAUGAAUUUCACGAUCUUCUUCUCUCAGUGGUUUACAGCAUGAUAACACGAGCUGUGAAAAGUGUUAUCAUAUACACGGAAAACUCAACAGUGUGUGACGUGAUUGAUACCUAUCAUAAUCAUGCCGGCGACAAACUUGUUCUGCAAAUUCGCAGUGACAAUUUUCCCAAGAUAACCGAUAUAAAGCAACAUUUGAUAGAUGAUACAAAGCUUGUAUCCUCUCUUUUAGAAGUAUUAUUCCUGAAAGGAGACUCCGAGAAACCAGAUGUAUUUAAUCUCAUAAAGUACAUUAUCCAACUACAUCGCGACCAUGCUUACAAUUCUAGCAGUGUGUGGCUGCCAGCAUUUUUCAAAACUCCCAAAUGUGGACAUUUUCUGAAAGGUUGCAGGGAGCUACCCACAAUAGCUGAAGUUAUUAGGCAAACGCGUUAUGACCGUCUCGAAUAUUUGCUAACGUUUAAUUGUCACAAACCAACAUUAUUCUAUAUAUUCGACAUACUGGAAAGUUCUCAACGACAAACGUUUCUGAGAGACAAUUGUGGCUGGUUGUUCUUAUCAUCGUGUUUUAAAGAGUGUGAAGAAACUGUUCGGUUUCUGCUGGAACAGAACUCUUCUCUAGCGACAUAUAUACAUCCCGAUGGAAAAAUUACGUCAUUACAUAUAGCUGCAAUGUUCGGAAAUUUACGAAUUGCCGAAAUGAUUCUGGAAGCCACUCCCGAUGAAGAACAAAAUUCCUAUAUAGAGCACCCGACAAGCGAUAUGAUGAGUUCACCAUUUGUCCUUGCUGCUUUUUGUGGUCAUUUGAAGCUGCUCCAGUAUUUCCGCGACCGGCACAAAUCGAAGGGGACCAGUCAGCGAGAACUACACACUAUUGCGGUCGAUAACAAAGGAGCAACGCCUCUUUCGAUUGCUGUGCUUAGUCAUAAUGUUGACAUUGUUAGUUGGCUUGUCAGCAUUGAUCCGGAUUGUAUGAAAACAAUAUACAAAAACGACAAAACUGUGUUUCAUCACCUCGCUGCAUUCGGCAGUACUGAAAUUGCUUCUGCUCUCUUAAAAUCGUUGAAUUCAUCGGAAAAAAAUUCAUUGAUUUCAUGGCCAGACAAGAAUGGCAUGACGGCGUUUAACUGGUCGUGUUCAAAAGGUCAUCUUGAGUUCAGCCAGUGGUUGAUUCACGAAUACAAGAAUUGCCAGUCAGAAUCUGAUCCACCAUUACAAAUAGCUCAAAAUAACGAUGGAUACACGCCUCUUGCUAAUGCUGUGGCCUUUCAACAUUUUGUCAUUGUUAGAUGGCUGAUCAGCAUUGAUCCGGAUUGUAUGAAAACACGAAGCAAACAGCAAGAAAGUGUACUUCAUCACGCAGCUGCAAACGGCGAUACUGAAAACGCUUCUGUUCUCUUAAAACUGUUGAACUCAUCGGACAAAAGUUCCUUGAUUUUAUCGCCAGACAACGAUGGCCAGACAGCGUUUCACUGGUCGUGUUCAAAAGGUCAUCUUGAGUUCAGUCAGUGGCUGAUUCACGAAUACAGGAAUUGCAAGUCAGAAUCUGAUCCACCAUUACAAAUAAUUCAAGAUAAUGAUGGAGACACGCCUCUUGCGAGUGCUGUGGUCAAUCAACAACUUGUCAUUGUUAGAUGGCUAAUCAGCAUUGAUCUGGUUUGUAUGAAAACACAAAACAAAAAGCAAGUAAGUGUACUUCACUACGCAGCUUCAAACGGCGAUAUUGAAAAUGCUUCUGUUCUCCUAAAAAUGUUGAACUCAUCGGACAAAAGUUCCUUGAUUUUAUCGCCAGACAUCGAUGGCGAGACAGCGCUUCACAGGUCGUGUUCAAAAGGUCAUCUUGAGUUCAGUCAGUGGCUGAUUCACGAAUACAGGAAUUGCAAGUCAGAAUCUGAUCCACCAUUACAAAUAAUUCAAGAUAAUGAUGGAGACACGCCUCUUGCGAGUGCUGUGGUCAAUCAACAACUUCUCAUUGUAUGUUGGCUAGUCAGCAGUGAUCUGGAUUGUAUGAAAACACGAAACAAAAAACAAAAAAGUGUACUUCAUCAGGCAGCUGCAAACGGCGAUACUGAAAAUGCUUCUUUUCUCUUAGAAUCGAUGAACUCAUCGGACAAAUGUUCCUUGAUUUUAUCGCCAGACAACUAUGGCGAGACAGCGUUUCACAGGUCUUGUUCAAAAGGUCAUCUUGAGUUCAGCCAGUGGCUGACUCACGAGUACAAGGAUUGCAAGUCAGAGUCUGAUCCACCAUUACAAAUAAUUCAAGAUAACGAUGGAGACACGCCUCUUGCGAGUGCUGUGGUCAAUCAACAACUUGUCAUUGUUAGAUGGCUAUUCAGCAUUGAUCUGGAUUGUAUGAAAACACGAAACAAAAAACAAAAAAGUGUACUUCAUCAGGCAGCUGCAAACGGCGAUACUGAAAUUGCUUCUUUUCUCUUAGAAUCGAUGAACUCAUCGGACAAAAGUUCCUUGAUUUUAUCGCCAGACAACGAUGGCGAGACAGCGUUUCACUGGUCUUGUUCAAAAGGUCAUCUUGAGUUCAGCCAGUGGCUGAUUCACGAAUACAAGGAUUGCAAGUCAGAAUCUGAUCCACCAUUACAAAUAGUUCAGCAAAACGAUGGAGACACCCCUCUUGCGAUUGCUGUGAUCUGUCAACAACUUGUCAUUGUCAGAUGGCUGGUCGACAUUGAUCCGGAUUGUAUCAAAACACGAAGCAAAAAGCAAAUAAGUGUACUUCAUUAUGCAGCUUCAAACGGCGAUACUGAAAAUGCUUCUGUCUUCUUAAAACUGUUGAACUCAUCGGACAAAAGUUCCUUGAUUUUAUCGCCAGACAAAGAUGGCGAGACAGCGUUUUACUGGUCUUGUUCAAAAGGUCAUCUUGAGUUCAGCCAGUGGCUGAUUCACGAGUACAAGGAUUGCAAGUCAGAAUCUGAUCCACCAUUACAAAUAGUUCAAGAUAACGAUGGGGACACGCCUCUUGCGAUUGCUGUGGUCAAUCAACAACUUGACAUUGUUAUUUGGCUUGUCAGCAUUGAUCCUGAUUGUAUGAAAACACGAAACAAAGAGCAAAAAAGUGUACUUCAUCACGCAAUGCAUAACGGCGAUACUGAAAUUGCUUCUUUUCUCCUAAAAUCGAUGAACUCAUCAGACAAAAAAUCAUUAAUUUUAUCGCCAGACAAGGAUGGCAAGACAGAACUUCACUUUUCGUGUUCACAUGGUCAUCUUGAGUUUAGCCAGUGGUUGAUUCACGAAUACAAGAAUUGCAAGUUAGAAAAUGAUCCACCAUUACAAAUGGUUCAAGAGAACGAUGGAAACACGCCUCUUGCAAUUGCUGUGUUCAAUCAACAACUUGACAUUGUUAUUUGGCUUGUCAGCAUUGAUCUUGAUUGUAUGAAAACACGAAACAAAGAGCAAAAAAGUGUACUUCAUCACGCAGCUGUAAACGGCGAUACUGAAAUUGCUUCUGUUCUCUUGAAAUUGUUGAACUCAUCGGACAAAAGUUCCUUGAUUUUAUCGCCAGACAAAAAUGGCGAGACAGCGUUUCAGUGGUCGUGUUUACAAGGUCAUCUUGAGUUCAGCCAAUGGUUGUUUGACGAAUACAAGAAUUGCAAGUCAGAAUCUGAUCCACCAUUACAAAUAGUUCAAGAUAACGAUGGAGACUCGCCUCUUGCGAAUGCUGUGUUCAAUCAACAACUUGUCAUUGUUAGAUGGUUAUUAAGCAUUGAUCUGGAUUGUAUGAAAACACGAAACAAAAAGCAAGAAAGCGUACUUCAUCACUCAGCUGCAAACGGCGAUACUGAAAUUGCUUCUGUUCUCUUAAAAUCGAUGAACUCAUUGUAUAAAAGUUCAUUGAUUUUAUCGCCAGACAACGAUAGCAAGACAGCGUUUCACGUUUCGUGUUCAAAUGGUCAUCUUGAGUUCAGCCAGUGGUUGUUUGAUGAAUACAAGAAUUGCAAGUCAGAAAUUGAUCCACCAUUACAAAUAGUUCCAGAUAACGAUGGAAACACAACUCUUGCGGCUGCUGUGAUUAGUCAUCAUCUUGACAUUGUUAGUUGGCUUGUCAGCAUUGAACCGGAUUGUAUGAAAACACGAAACAAAAAUAAAGAAAGUGUACUUCAUCAAGCAGCUGCAAACGGCAAUACGGAAAUUGCUUCUGUUCUCUUAAAAUCAUUGAACUUGUCGGACAAAAACGCAUUGAUUUUAUCCCCAGACAACGAUGGCAUGACAGCAUUUCACUGGUCGUGUUCAAAAGGUCAUCUUGAGUUCAGCAAAAUGAUGCUUGAAGAAUACAACACAUGCACAUCAGAAUCUGAUUCGCCAUUACACACACUUCAAGAUAGAAAGGGCAACACACCUAUUGAUUUUGCUGUGACGAGUCAACGUCUGGAUGUUGUUUUUUGGUUGCUGACAAAUAACACUGACAUGCCUGUCGUGGUGUCUGAAGAGUAGCUGUUUUCUUGAAUGAAUAUCCCACUGACUUAGAUUAUGAUUUUUAUCAUCUAGUAGAAUGAUAAUAUUAUCAGCAACAAUAAUCAGAAAUGAUUUAUGUGGCCAAACUGUGCACUGAAUAGGCGCACAAUUUGUUGUCGCUAGGUCAGUUGAUUCCAUGUACAAGUCUUUAAACAAGUUGCAAACUAAAUUGUAAUUGAAUUCCUCAUACAACAUUUCAUUUCCAUGAUUCCGCGUGAAAAUAUCUGGAACGUUGUUCUUGUAUGCACAUUUGUUUUGACAUGGGUUCUGCAAAAAAACGAAUGUAACUAGUUGUUCUGGAUUUACAAAUUUAAGCGGAC